AUGAAGCUUAGCAUCGAUUUGUGCUCACCUCCCUUACCUUGUUGUUUGUUGGUCCUGGCUGCUAUUACACAGAUGUCGAAUAUGCAUAAAUUCCCGUCGUCUCGGAUGCGAGGUUCCAAUGCCGGCCUACCCCCUGUUGGACUGGUGAAGUUCAUUAAUGUUAUUGGUAGUGGAAAGGAACAGAACAGACCUGAUGACGAUGUGCGACAAGCAAAAUCACGUGCAGCAGCACUAAACCAGCCACCUCCAGCCACCUCCUCCUUCCCCGGGCUCUGCUGUCCCGCGCUCUCUCACUGUACUGUUGCCAGGAAUCCGGAACACCCAAGAGACCAACGAGCCAACGGGCAAACAAACGUCACCGUCACCUUCUACGUCAACCGCCCAACCUCUGCGGAGCGAUCGUAUAUCGAUCACUUUCAAUCGUCUUAUUUCUUGUUCUCUUCACUCUCCCUCCUCAGCAGGAAGAAGUAAUUCCACUC